AUGGGAUCUUUUAGAAGAACGUUGUCAAUGCCAGCACCACAAUCUGGAGAUCAUUCAGUCAUUCACGAGGAAACACCAGCAACAGUUUCUCAAGCAUUAUUAUCUAAAUCACUUUCCUCCAACAAUUCCGACCACAACCCACUCCUCAUAGGCAGUCUGUUCCCUCGUUCCUUUAGUACCUUAUACUACACCUUCUACAAAGCUCAAACUUCAGUCCUAGGUCUUCUCCCAAAAAGGUCGUCGUCCGGCCGGAAUUUCGAACGUCAGAAAUCGUCAAAAUCAGGGAACAUUUGGUGGAGGAGGGCAUUCUUUCAUUUCUUGAUAUGGUUCUUGCUCGGAAUCUUCAUCGGGUUCACCCCGUUUGCUUCCCCGGAAUUUUCCAUCAAAUUCCUCACCCAACAUCAAGAGUUUGCCUACGACAAGUUGCAACCCGUUGAGAAAUUAUUAAAACGAUCAAAGCCAAAUUAUCAUCACGGGAGUAUUCAUCUUGCUAGCCCUUUAUUAUUAUUAAACAACAAUAAUGAUUCAUCAUUAAUUGAUCAUCAAGAAACGAGUUUGAAUUAUAAUGCUUUAUUAUUCGACAAGCUUUUGAUUGUGGUGACACCAAUUUAUGGUCGUUCGUUUGAGGCUUAUUAUGUAAAUCGUUUGGCGAAUACUUUGAGACUGGUCCCACCUCCGCUGUUGUGGAUUGUGGUCGAGAUGACGUCACAGUCUCUUGACAUAGCUGAGUUGUUGAGGAAUUCGGGAGUUAUGUUUAGGCAUUUGGUUUGUGAAGAGAAUUUAGUUGUAGACUUGAACGUGGAUCGAAGCAUGCAUUUGAGAAAUGUGGUUCUUGCUCACGUUGAAACACAUAAGCUCAAUGGGAUCAUUUUCUUUGCCAAUUACGACAACAUUUACUCCACUGAUCUCUUUGAUCAAAUGAGGCAAAUCAGGCGUUUUGGAACAUGGAAGGUAGGUCAAGUUGAGAAAGAAGAAACAAAUGCAAUCGUGGAAGGUCCGGUGUGUAACGGUUCCAAGGUUAUAGGAUGGCACACAAAUGAAAUCCCAAAUAAGUUCAAAAGAUUCCAUUCUGGAGUAUCAGGUUUUGCCUUCAACAGCACUAUACUUUGGGAUCCAAAGAGAUGGAAUAAGCCUAUUCUCAAACCAGUUAGGUUCCUUCACACUGUCAAAGAAGUCUUUCAACUUCCAUUUAUCCCUUCCCUUUCCCCAAUGUUCAAUGCUUGCCUAGACUAUUAUUAUUGCCCUAAGGGUGUAGUUUUUGCUAAAUCGUCGACUUCAUCGUCAACCGCUGAAUCCGGUGUUGAACCGGCAGAAUUGAGACGGACGGAGACUAAGGAGGCGGCUGUGAAUCCAGUUUAUAAGCCGACGCCUUCGAAUCGCCCGCUUCGGACCCCUCAUAGCGGAUAUCAUUUUGAUGGAAGUCCGCGGCAAUUUUUUGAGGGGUGGUACUUCAAGGUAUCAAUACCAGAAUGCAGACAAAGCUUCUGCUUUAUGUAUUCUGUAGAGAAUCCUGCGUUCACCAAGAGAUUGAACACCCUGGAGGUACUACAAUAUGGAACUAAAUUCACUGGAGUUGGAGCUCAAAUUCUUGGUGCUGAUGACAAGUAUAUUUGCCAAUUCACUGAAGACUCUUCAAACUUCUGGGGAAGCAGACAUGAGUUGAUGCUUGGGAAUACCUUCACUGCCCAGAAAAAUAUGCGGGCUCCAAAUAAGGAGGUUCAUCCUCAGGAGUUCAAUCGAAGAGUUGAAGAAGGUUUUCAAGUCACCCCAUUAUGGCACCAGGGCUAUAUUUGUGAUGAUGGAAGGACAAAUUAUGCAGACACUGUGAAGACUGCAAGAUGGGAAUAUAGUACCCAACCCAUCUAUGGAUGGGGAAAUGUUGACUCAAAGCAAAAGUCCACUGCAGGAUGGCUUGCUGCAUUCCCUGUAUUUGAACCCCACUGGCAAAUAUGCAUGGCGGGGGGGCUUUCAACAGGAUGGAUAGAGUGGGAUGGAGAAAGGUUUGAGUUUGAAAAUGCUCCUUCCUAUUCAGAGAAGAAUUGGGGCGGUGGCUUCCCCAAAAAGUGGUUCUGGAUCCAGUGCAAUGUUUUUGAGGGUGCAAGUGGAGAAGUUGCUCUUACAGCUGCUGGUGGACUGAGACAACUUCCUGGAUUAAGUGAGAUUUAUGAAAACGCGGCUCUGGUGGGGAUCCACUUUGGAGGUGUAUUUUAUGAAUUUGUACCGUGGACCGGAGUUGUUAGCUGGGAAAUCGCCCAAUGGGGUCGUUGGUUUAUCUCUGCAGAGAAUGAAAAAUAUAAGGUGGAAUUGGUGGCAACAACAACAGAACCAGGCACAACCUUGCGUGCUCCCACUGUGGAGGCUGGGCUAGCCCCAGCCUGCAAGGAUACUUGCACUGCGGAGCUAAGAUUGCAAUUAUGGGAGCGAAGAUCUGAUGGCAGUAAAGGAAAUAUUAUUUUGGAUGUCACCAGUAACAUGGCAGCUGUGGAAGUUGGAGGAGGACCAUGGUUUACCCCAUGGAAGGGUAAGACGAACACCCCUGAAAUAGUGAGCCGUGCUCUUACACUUCCUGUUGAUUUGGAGGGAUUUUUGGAUUCAGUUCCCUUGUUGAAACCCCCUGGUCUGUAA